AUGGCUAUGGGACAGGGAGAGCAGCGUGCAAUCCAUCCGUUCUUUCGAAGAGGUUUUUGUUCCCUUCGGCUUCCCCAUCUUCUACACAAACAACCGCCCAGCAACCAUGUCCCUGCCCUGUCCUCUUGCCCCGAACCGUCCCCUACGCCUGUUGCAACACUAGAUCAUGACCCUAACACCGACCGGAGGAAGAGACGGAAAACAGACAAGGAGAAGUCGAUCCCAACAACGUCGGGUCAGGGAUCUGUGAUGAAUUAUGUCAUCUCCAGAGAUGCGCGAUCUCAGGAUAAAGAUACCACCUCAGUUGCAAGCGAGAAUGCAGAUACGGCCGAUGAUGGCUUGGUGACUCCGGAGUCCAAGCCAGAGUCCAAGACUGGCACUCAGCCCGCUACCCCUGCUUCAGAGGGGGUGGACACGACUAAACAAGGGCCUGAUCACGAGCUUGCAGCCGGCACUACGCAUGAACCGGUGACAGAAAGAAGGUCACCUCGGCAAAAAACGAUCAAAUUGAACCCUAACGGAAAAUUGUUACCUUCUCCCGUGGCAGAUAAGUUCGAGGAUAAACCGAAGAAGACGAGGACCAGCAAGCGUAGCAAGGUGGACUCCCAGAAGCUUACCGGUUCCGAAAGCAGGAUGGUGAUCAUCCGAUACGGCAUGGAAAGUAGUGCGAGGGAACGGGUGGGAAAGCUGAUUGACGAUAUACUUGCUGGUCACAAGAAGCAUGGCGUCAAAAAGGCCUCCCAGCCUGUGCCCCCCCCCUCUUCUACAGUCGCACAACAGCCACAGAGACCGACUCAUCCAUUCUUCCUGAAGAAGCCCACGCGCAAGCCAGAAAUCACAGACUCGCAGUGCCGGGAACCUAAUUCUACCAAUUCACAGCCCUCCGUGGGAACAGGACUCACAGCGCGCCCCUUUCCUGGCCAAGAUACAGCAUCAGCAGCCGUUCCUUCCACCACUUUCACAUCGUUUAAGCAUCGGCGUUCUAAGUUUCCAGAACCUAUACAGCCAAUUUGGCCUCCGCGCGACCUAGUCCAUGUCCGAGGCAUAGAACACAACAUUCAGAAUACAGCCACUUUUGGCCCCGUGAUGCGAGAUUUGAAAAAGGCAAAGAUGGCUGCUAUUAGUAUCCAUGACAACGAAAGCGUACUUGUACACCAAAUACGGAAAUACUCGUCAGACUCUCCGCAAAGUCUGAGGAUUCCUUCUAGACACGUCGCUAGCGGGAAGGUUAUACAAACAGCCGUGACCAGACAACUAUCGGCAUCUUCUCACGACAAGAAGACGCUCGUGGGAGCCUGUCACCCAGCCCUUAGAAAGCUACAUUCCUCGCUUCCCAGUUACAUGACACCGUUCGAUCAAGGGGCAUUCGAAACGUUGAAUUGGGCUCAGAAGUAUGCUCCUCAAUCGGCUGACCAAGUUCUCCAAACCAGCAAGGAAGCAUACAUGCUACGGGACUGGCUGAAAUAUCUUAUGGUUACAACAGUCGACACCGGUAAAUCCUCCAAGGGCGAUGACAAAAUAAGAAAGAGUGCCGAAGAGAAGAAACGAAAGAAACGCAAGAAAGAGAACUUGGAUGGCUUCAUUGUCUCAAGCGAAGACGAGGCAUACGAAUUGGACCCUAUUAAUGAAUCAGAUGAUGAAUUAGCGGGAGAUGUCACCACUAAGAGAACGCUGGUCCGGUCCAAUGACUUGGCUCUGGGUUCGAAGUCAGGCGCUGAUAGAGCUCGCGUAUCCAACGCAAUUCUCCUCAGUGGUCCUCCGGGAUGUGGUAAAACGGCGUCAGUGUACGCGGUGGCAAAAGAGCUUGAUUUUGAAGUUUUCGAAAUCAACCCGGGUAACCGCCGUAGUGCCAGAGAUAUCGUGGAGCGUGUGGGUGACAUGACACGAAAUCAUUUAGUCCAUAACGCGAAGACUGGUGAAGUAUCUGUCGCAGAUGGGCCGAAUGAAGCGCCACCCGAUCACAAGCAAAACAAACUGAUGGGCUUUUUCAAAUCUGGAGUCGCUAAAGACUCCAACGGGGCUCCCAAGGUUGACGCAAACAGCGCCACUCAAGUGGCCGAUAUCAAGCGCUCUCGGAACCAGAAGCAAUCACUUAUAUUGUUGGAGGAAGCUGACAUUCUUUUCGAAGAAGAUAAGCAGUUCUGGUCCGGAGUCAUGACACUAAUCAACCAGUCGAAACGUCCAAUCAUCAUAACAUGUAACGACGAGAAACUUAUCCCUCUUCAAGACAUGGGACUUCAUGCCAUCCUUCGCUAUCGACCUCCUCCACUAGACCUUGCCGUCGACUACACCCUUCUCCUGGCUGCAAAUGAGGGCCACAUGCUCAAGCGCAACGCUGUUGAGGACCUGUAUGCGAGCAACGGCAGAGACCUUCGACGGACCGUCACGGAACUCGGAUUCUGGUGCCAAAUCGCAGUCGGGAGCGAAAAGUCUGGUCUCGAUUGGAUUAUCGACCGGUGGCCGCGGGGCUCAGAUCUCGACCAGAAUGGCGAUCCGCUCCGAGUGCUGAGUUUGAACACUUACGAACCACACAUGGGCUGGUUUAGUCGCGAUAUGUUGAUGUGCGACGGCAUAGACGCUGAUAUAGAGACCCAGCGCGAGGCCUUCAAUUGGUGGCAGCUCAGCACUCAAGAGUCGGAGAGUAAAGCUGAUGCCAAGUCUAACCUUUCCAAAUCGCCAUUGAACCCAGUUUCGGCCACAACGAACGCCGAGCGGCUUGAUCGAUUACGGCAGGCGUCCGAGUUCAUGGACAUGAAGAGCGACCUGGAUAUUCUUGGCUCCUCUUGCUCAAUCGAAGCCAAACUGGAUAUUGUGGAUACUUCGGCUCCUUUCAUGCCCGAGAAGCAGCGAUCGAACUACGCUGAAGGCUACACCUUACUCGACGCCUCUCUCGUACCUGACUAUUCGCAGACGCAAACUGCCAUUGCUUGUACAUUUGAGGUCCUACUUGGGAGAGCCUUUCGGCAUGAAGAUGGACAGGACGAGGCCGCUCGAGCCGCCCAGGUGCUAGAGAACGUCGCUAAACCCGAGUCUGCGAAUACGUCCGAAGCAGGUCUUCUCUCCGCAUUCGCACCCAUUAUGCGGGCUGACCAUGUGUUUCCUGCACCUACGGGACGCCUGGCCCCCUCAUUUGAGAAUGGACUAGCGCCUAUCGCCGAAGAUCUAGGCCCGUACAUUCGGGGGAUCAUGUCCUAUGACAUGCGUCUCGCACGAUAUCGCCAUCUGCUGACCGGCGCGCUCUCCGAGGACCAGAGCGGUACGAAACGCGGGCGACAGACCAGGGCUAGCCGCGCGGCGCUGGAAGGGGGUAGCAAAGCUCACACGCGGAAAGAAAGAUGGUUCGCAUCCGAUGCGAAUCCAUCAUUGAUCCUAGCUACUGGCAAGCCAGAAUGGCAAGAUGUCUUGGUGCAGAAGGGAUAUUUUACGGUCCCAUCCGGUGGGGAAAGCAUGCCGGAAUGCCAUGAGCAAACAUCGGAGAAGGUGUCUGUCGUGGUGGUGCCAUUUCGCGCAACACUUAUCACCUCAUUGCUCCUCUCCGACCGAGCUCCGCUUCCCACCACCGUCCCCAUGUCUCUGUUCGGCACCUCGCCGGAGGACUCUCCACUGGCUAAUUCGGCCCAGAGGUCCAAGGCCUCCCUUUUCGCAGACGAGCCGCCGUAUGGCAGCAAUACGGGCAAUGCGAGCUCCUCCCUGUUCGCCGAUGACGACAGCUCCGGCUCACCCUGGAUGAGUAACACCAAUAAGAGAACCUCCAAGGAAGAGAUCGUGAAGACCCUGCUGCCAGAUUCCGAUGUCCCCGAGAGCUAUAUCGAUGCGUAUGAUCUAGUCCUUAGUGCGGGGGACCGCGUUGGAACCGGUGUCGGGUUGACGUCCGUUCGGGAAAUACUGUCGGGCAGUGGCCUGAGCGCCACCGAUCAAGCGAAGAUACUCAACCUUGUUAUCUCGGGCGAUAGUGACAGCUCCAAUGGUCUUGGCCGGGGAGAGUUCAGUGUCCUACUAGCGCUCGUGGGUCUUGCGCAGGAAGGCGAGGACCUUACGUUUGAUGCAGUGGACGAUCGACGCAAGAAGCUCCCAGUGCCGAAAAGCUCUUACCUCGACGCAUUGCGCGCCAAACAGGAAUCAUCGGCUACACCUGUCCAGUCACAAGACCGUCCCGCUACGCCUCCUCCUCCUUCUUCCUCCGCCCCCUUACGAGAACCGAGCUCGACUCAGUCGCGACGAUCUGCGCGAGGGUCGAUGGGUAGCUUAGAGGCGGAUCCGUGGGGUAGUCCCCAACUGCACCGUGGUCACAGUCAUGCCCAGGCCGAAUCUGAGCACGCCGUCUUGAAUGGGUUUGGGAGCGUGCGAUCGGGAUUCAAUGCCUGGUCGAGUAGGGCCAGUGAGGGGGAUCAUACACACGGAGCGUCUGAUAACGGCCGUGCUAACGGCCAUGCCGAUGCUCCACCUAGCAAUACUGGAUUUGGAUGGGGCGAGAGCGCGGGGAAUACAUCUGAAGGCAGUGGUGGUGGACUAGGAGGGCCUGUCCGAGCAGGACUUGGAGGCUUUGGCUCCUCUGGAAGUGAUCAGGGCGAGCCUAAUCCCCGUCGACGGUCGUUGGGGAUAGGCCGGGUCAGCAGCCCCCGUCUAGAAGAAGUCAUAACGAUAACGCUACUCCCGGAGAAGGAGGGCAUGUUCAUGUUCCAACAUCGCAAUUACGAGGUAAAGUCGGCGCGUAGGCAGAGCACGGUCGUGCGACGGUAUAGCGAUUUUGUCUGGCUCCUGGACUGCCUUCACAAACGAUACCCAUUCCGGCAGUUGCCUUUGCUUCCACCCAAGAGACUUUCAGUCAAUGGCACUCACCUUGCAGCGGAUUCCAAUUCCUUCCUUGAGAAGCGUCGCAGAGGACUCGUCAGAUUCACCAAUGCCCUCGUUCGUCACCCGGUUCUCAGCCAGGAGCAGCUGGUCAUUAUGUUCCUAACCGUCCCUACGGAACUUUCGGUGUGGCGUAAGCAAGCCACAAUAUCAGUACAGGAUGAGUUCACCGGCCGAGCCUUGCCCACCGAUCUAGAGGAUUCGUUGCCAUCGGACCUCACGGACAUGUUCGAUACGGUUCGCAGUGGGGUCAAGAGGUCUGCGGAGGUAUACAUCAAUCUAUGCACUUUACUCGAGCGUCUAGCCAAGCGCAAUGAGGGGCUUGCCGCGGAUCAUCUGCGGUUUUCUCUCGCCCUUCAGUCGCUUACUGAGAUGACGCGGGAUACGUAUGCCUUUGACACCAACGACGUGCCGUUACUCAAUGAAGGCAUUAAGGCCACCGCGAGGCACCUCUCGGCCAGUCAGAGCUUGCUGGAAGAUGAAGCACGAGCCUGGGAGGAAGGGAUGCUGGAAGACCUUAAGCGCCAACGGGACUGCCUGGUCAGCGUUCGCGAGAUGUUUGACCGGCGGGACCGUUAUGCACGCAACAACAUCCCUCAGUUAGAAAAGCGGAUUGAGAACAGCGAGAGAAAACUGCAAGAAUUACGGGCGCGGACCCAGCCGGUCAAGCCUGGGGAAAUUGAGAAGGUAGAGGAAUCAAUUGUCAAGGAAUCAAUUGUGCAUCAACACGCACGUGGGGUGUUCAUCAAGGAAUGCAUCCGCAACGAACUUAUGUAUUUCCAACAGAGCCAGUAUCACAUCAGCCGGCUUCAUCAGGACUGGAGCCAGGAGCGAGUGAAAUAUUCGGAGCUGCAGGCUGACAAUUGGCGGUCACUGAGCGAUCAAGUGGAGGGCAUGCCACUGGGUGAUUAG